GUUUCUCUGCCAGUCUACUGUUUGGAUGCUGUACUGAUGUUUCACGGAACAGCCAGUCGCACGGGUGUAUUAGAAGUGUCCUCCGUAGAUACGCUAGUAGUUUGUCAGGGCUGGGUGGUGGCGGUUUCACGGGCCGAUGGAAGAAGGCACAUGUUUACCUCAUUGGCCGGGGGUGGAGUUAUAUAAUACAUUUCGUAUUUGGAGUUGCCCCACACUAGCAGACACGCAGAACAACCCCCUCAGACUACUCCACUCCUAGUCUCACCAGACACGAUGAGCAUCUCCGUCGACGACCUCGUCGCUUCACUCUCUUCCCAUCACAUCGGCCAGGAAGCUCUCGAACUCGCUGCCCUUCAGGCACAGCUCGCACAGUCACUCCUUGCUCACCAGUUCUCCUCCUCCUCUCCUCACUUCCAGCACCCACACCUCUCCGGCCCUCACCCAUGCACUAACAUCGCCAGACGAGACCCCGGCCAUGUCCAGCACUGCACCACCCCCACAUCCCGCACCCCCUCUUCCUCGGCCUUCAUAUGGCCGCUCCCCGUACAGGAACUUGCUUCCCAUUCGCGUAGAUCGAGUAUCUCCUCGAUAAAAAUGCAACAGUGCCAUGAAGAUAUCGUACUGGUAGAUAUGGACGACGCGGACGAAGAAGACGCACGUCUCGUGGAGGCAAUGGUAACGCCCUCAGACGUCCCUAGCAAAGACGCUUUAAACUCCUUUUCUGUUCCCACUUCACAUCAACUGAUUUCGCCCAUGGAUCCCUCGUGCUCCCCUUCACUCUUUACAACCACGGAUCCAUUCUAUAUCCAGACAUCUCAGGCUGCCGCUGCACAGCAGUCCCUCUCCACAGCACCUGGUGCACCGGGUACAGCUUCGUUCUUUGCACUCGCUGGUCGACCCAACGCACAUUCCCCAUUUGCCAUGGGCACUUCUGCGUGGCAGCGGUGAUCCCUUCCCAUUCCAUCACCACCACCCUUAGACGGACUUACAUAUAUCUCGUCCUCCGCUCUUAAUUUAUGUUACCGCUACGUGAAAUCGCGUUGUUGUUUUUUAUGUGACAGAGAAACCCACGGACGACGACCAGGAGUCGGCUGCCGUC